AUGGCACUCAAAGACGCCGUCAAAAGCAGUACUUCUACGACUACCCCCAAGACUACAGUGCUUUGCCCGGGAGGAAUGGUGGAUGGUGAGCAAAUCAGUCGCAACGAAGAAGAUAAACAAUUCGCGGGUCACCAUCCAGACCUCCAGAGAGUAUGUGUCGUCAAUUGCGCUACCGGCAAACGUAUUAUACCCAACCAUGUUCCGGACCGUCUCGAGAAUGAAUGCUUUGAAGGACAAGUCAUGUUGAUGAUACGUACUCCCGACUGUGAUGAUCCCAAGGAACGACUGUCGACUAUGGGAGAAACACCCGAGCGGAUUUCCGAAUACCUUCGAGGCAAGCAAAGGCGCUUUGAAUUCCAGUUUCAAAUAAAACUAAAAAAGGUACCCACGGGGCCCUUGUUCCUGGGAUGUGAAUUGGAACAUCCCAUCAAGGUAUCCAGAUGGACCAAGGGAUUGGCUGGGGUGCUCUUGGCCAUGAUUCGAAGAAUCAAUAGUGGAUUCCACUACAGUUGGGGAACCGAUGCCAACCUGAAAACCGACCCGGUAAACCCCAAUGACAUUGAAAUGGGACUCUACGAAAAGACCCAUCUUUCCUUCCCUGUCGAGGCCAGCAUGGAUCGAAUCGUUAUUACCAAACCAGGCGAGGAACCCCCAAAAUUGGGGCACGAACUGUACGAAUCCAAUGAAUCGGUCAAGAGGCGACGACGCAUGGGAGCGGGAUGUGUCGACUGGAAUCUAGAAGACACCUACACCAUGUGUUUGUGGAGUGCGUACUGCGAUUGGAUCCAAUGGAAGUCUCUCAACGUACCCGGGGUACGUCCGUUUGCCUUGGGAGCCGUCACGGGCAAGCAACCCAUAUAUCUCAGUGUCUACGAGUUACCGGCAUACACACCGCAAGAGUACAAAAAGAAGAAACCGGCUCACUACCGCAAGGAUCUUCGUGUGUACACUCGUCUCGAAUUCUCCAACUUUGAGAAAACCGAAGGGGGAUUGGCAGAAAACCUCGAAGAUAUUAGGGCGAUCAAGGACCAUACCAGGAGUGAAUGCUGUUCUAUUGGCACGGAAUCAGUCGCCUCCGAUGAUCCGGAUUUGGAAAAACUGUAA